AUGCAGGACAUAGCGAGAAAGUUCAAGACUUCGCAGAAGGGGACACUCUCAGGCCUGCGCCUGAUGCUUGAGGGUAGCCUGUCAAUUCCAGCCGUCAAGCAAAGUGUCUUGAGCCUUCCUUGCAGCAACACUCGUCAUCACCUCUUUCUGGAGCUGGACGCACGCAUUUUGGAACAAGGAGCUGCCGCUCGCCUGGUCACCUGGGCGAAAUCGCAUCAGUUCCUUCUGCAGCCUCCAAUCCCGCAGACCUCCGUGCCACAAGCACAUCCAAACACCAGUCCCGCCCCACUCCUUGGCUCUUGCGCUGUGCACUUGGUGCCCCAUGUCGCAGCGGAGCAAGGACGAAGGAACAUGACAGCAGAUGUUGCUGGAUCCCACAUCACAGCAGAUGUUGCUGGAGCCCACCGUGACUUUGAAUGCCCCAAGUUGCCAGGCUUGGUAGCUUUGCAGCCUUUUUCAUGGGAAGCAUCGGCAAUUGCAAAUUACUUUCAUUCUUGCAUGCCUUUCGACACUGAAGUCUUCCAAGUGCAAAGAGUUGACAACACCGAUUUGUGGAAGCAAUACCUCGUGUGGCGCACGGAAGUGGAACAGCGCCUAAACAGCUGCUGCAGCGAGUGGGGCAUCAAGGACUUUGGUGAGAGGCCCUCGGCCGAGCUCUGGCUGUGGAAGUUGUACGAUGGGCCACUGGAAAGCUUGGUGCGUCAAGGAUUCCAAGUCGUGGGCGGCCACAGUGAUGGGAAGCAGGGCCUGGGUAUCAAGUUUUCUUGUCAGCCGACUCUGCUAGAGCCCACAGUGAGCUCCGAUGGCUCAGACAAAGGGCGAUCCAUCAUGCUAGUCUUGGCGCGGGUUGUGAUCGGGCGAAGCGUGCAGCAGUGCGCGCACGCCAAUCAUGCGGCGACCUGCACUUGCCAGUUGCCCCAGGGUCGUGCAGCUGAGAAGCCGGAUUACCACAGCAUGAAGUCGUCUGACAAUGGCACGUUCACGGUUUUCGGAGCGCACCAUAGCUAUCCGGCGUAUGUGCUGCACUGCGGGUCGGAGCUGCUAGCAUGGUGCCGUACACACGCGUGCAGGGAGAAGCAAUUCAGUCACACCGGAUUGCAGAGCAGGUCCCUGCAGCUGCAGCUGGCGUUAGAUCAGUGCAGGGGGCGCAGUGCAUCGGUUUGGGAUGCUGAAGAGGCUGUGUCAGGACUGGGAGCUUCAUGCCGCGCGUCAUCAACCUUCGAAAGGGCAUCUGUGUCCAGUGCUUCAACGCAGGCUACGGCUACUCGUCUGCGACGAUGGAUGAGCCAACCGCCGGCAGAACCACAACAAGCGGCGCCACGUGGCUUGGAGAGCAUUGGGCACAGGGAAGCAAGUUCAACAAGCUCUCCACUCCUCCACCAGCCCAGAGAUCAGCCCAUGGAUGCUCCGGCGGGAGAAGCUCGAAGUGCGGAGGACUCUGCUGCUUUGCGACGGAUGAUCCAGAAGUUGAAGAAGUUGAAGAACGCACACCUCAUCAUUGAGCACAGCCAAGAAGAGGCAGAGGUGGCCCUGGCCUUCCGUGCUUUGGGCUUGGACAGCGCCGUCUACUCUGUGAGCAUCAAGCAUGCGUGUCCACCGCAGCUUGCGGAGGUGCUGGCAGCAAGCCUGCAUUCCAACAGUUCAUUGCAAGAACUGGAGAUCGCACAUCGCAAAUUCGGCAGCGCGUCAGUGGAAGCUCUUGUGCCUGGAGUCGGCAGGCACGCAGGUCUGUGGCACCUGAAUCUUUACGGCAGCAGUAUCGGCCCUGGUGGCGCAGCAUCCCUCCUGGGCGGUCUCAGAGUGUCGACCACGUUGAUGUGGCUCAAUCUGCGGGGCAACAAGAUCGGAGCAUCUGGAGCGCUGGCUUUCGCAGAGCUCCUGAAGGUCAACAGAUCUUUGCAAAAAGUGUGGUUGGGCGGCAAUGAUAUUCAAGAUGCUGGAGCGCGAGCAAUCAGUGCGGCCUUACCCUCAAAUUCGACGCUCUUGCACCUCUUCCUUGGCGGAAAUGCCAUUGAGGAUGCAGGAGCUCUUGCUUUAGCCAAUGCGCUGCACCAGAACACCAGUAUUCAGGUCGUAAACUUGUGCAAUAACCGCUACAGCCAGAAGGGCAGUCAGGCGCUCGCAGGCGUUCCGCGCCGUGUCAAUGUAAGCCGUGAUGCCAGGAACUGA